GUUUCCGUACCCUUUCCUGGAUUUCGAGCUUAUGGGCGCAGUUGGAUCCGCUUUAAGAUCACCAAUAGUUGAUAUGUCUACCAAGCAGGCCAAAUUCGUUGAAAACACCAUUGCCAGCAAUAAAGUGGUGAUAUUCAGCAAGACCUACUGUCCCUACUGCACGAUGGCCAAAGAACCCUUCAGAAAGCUCAAUGUGGACGCCACCAUAAUAGAACUCGAUGGAAAUCCAGAUGGCAACGAAAUUCAGGCAGUUCUGGGCGAGAUUACUGGUGCCAGAACGGUUCCGCGCGUCUUCAUCGAUGGCAAAUUCAUUGGCGGUGGUACCGACAUCAAACGAAUGUUCGAAACGGGAGCUCUGCAGAAAUAUUUUUAGUAAAUAAUGUCCUACACUUUGUUC